AAUGAGCAAAACCUCUCCUUUUUUCUACAUAAAAUUUUAAUAAAAAUUAAAAAUUUCAUAUUUUACGCUCUCGCUAUAUUAGCAAUACUCUACGAACAUUUUGAAUACUAGAUACACACACUCUCUUGAUCUCAGCAUCUGAGCGAGUGUUUCACGACUCGUUUAAUCUUCGAUCUCACGCUCGGACUGAAAAUCUGUGAAAAUGCCGCUCAGAUUAGAAAUCAAGAGAAAACUCGCACAACGGUCAGAAAGAGUAAAGUCCGUGGAUCUACAUCCAACAGAGCCAUGGAUAUUGUCAAGUUUGUAUUCAGGGACUGUUUGCAUUUGGAACUAUCAGAGCCAGACAAUGGUUAAAUCUUUUGAGGUCACUGAAUUACCAGUUAGAUCUGCAAAGUUCAUAGCACGUAAGCAGUGGGUUGUUGCUGGUGCCGAUGACAUGUUCAUUCGUGUGUAUAAUUACAACACUAUGGAUAAGGUCAAAGUGUUGGAGGCCCAUACAGAUUAUAUUAGGUGUGUUGCCGUUCACCCUAAUCUUCCAUAUGUGUUGUCAUCGUCUGAUGACAUGCUUAUAAAGCUCUGGGACUGGGAAAAGGGGUGGGCAUGCACUCAAAUAUUUGAGGGGCAUUCACAUUAUGUGAUGCAAGUUACUUUUAAUCCGAAGGACACCAACACGUUUGCCAGUGCAUCCCUUGACCGCACUAUUAAGAUUUGGAAUCUUGGCUCCCCAGACCCAAACUUUACCCUGGAUGCCCAUCUGAAAGGGGUAAAUUGUGUAGAUUAUUUCACAGGUGGGGAUAAACCUUAUUUAAUCACUGGCUCUGAUGAUCACACUGCCAAGGUUUGGGAUUAUCAGACGAAAAGUUGUGUCCAGACGCUAGAAGGCCACUCACACAAUGUUUCUGCUGUAUGUUUCCAUCCAGAACUUCCCAUUAUAAUUACAGGUUCUGAGGAUGGUACAGUUCGUAUUUGGCAUGCUACCACUUAUAGGUAACACUUAUGCUCCAUGAUUG